AUGCUAAAACGUACUUUGAAAGGCACAUCGAUCUUCUUAAAUCCGGUGGACUCCACUUAUUCUGCCUGAACUGGUGCAUUAUCAUGCUCGUAAGCCCGAUAGCUCCAUCCUGACACGUUGUGUCCGCAGCAUGGAUACGCCCCGUCCAACAUAGGUAUGGUAUGCUGUGCGAAUGAAUUUGUACAUAAAUUGAAGACGGACGGUAAGACUGCAUACGACCCAGAUAUUGAGAGAAGCAAGAGCAGUCAACCAACAAAACUCAUUGCCUUGAUCCCAAACAUGUCCACCCCCACUCCCACAGUCAACCUCCCAAACCUCACCGCUCACCAAUCCAUAACCGACACCCUCCACCGUCUGACCUUAGGUCUCGAUAGCAAUGACCGCUCCCUUGUAGAAUCCGCCUGUUACAGAGCACCCUCUAUGACAUUCACCUACGGGCCGCUGGGCGCCCAACAGACCGUCACCGGCUUCGAUGCCAUAAACCAGAUGUUCGACCGCGUCUUCAGCCUCGUCACCACACACACCGUGAGCAAUGUGAGGAUUGAAGUGGAGAGCGAGAAUGCGACUUUUGCGCGCAUGACGGCGCAUGCCAUUUCGUAUCAUGUGAGAGAGGAAGAGGCGUUUGUGGCAGCCGACACGAGUUAUACGGCGAGUUCACUGUACGACAUGCAACUUCUCAAAGACGAAGCCGACGGAGGAUUGUGGAAGAUCACGACGUGGAAUGCACGCAUGUUGUGGACAACGGGAGAUAUCAAGGUGUUGCAUCCGUGAAGACAUGAUCUGCAUAUAUCGACUA